CCCCGCACACUCGGUAUACACUGUCUGUGUGCGCGUGGAACGGUGCGCGGUGCAAUGUUGAGUACCCAGGGCGGGGAUGUGCAGGAUGGGGAUGUAGCAGCCCUGCGUACCGCUGGAUGAUGGCGAAGUUGAAGGCGAGGGGGUUGGAGGAGGAGGUUGCAUUAGCACCGUCGCCGCCGCCGCCGUUGAUGAUAGAGAAGAGUGGUUCCAGGGGAGCGAGAUGCUGAUUUUUCCGAUUUUUACUGUUAGAAAUUUGCUGGUGCUGUGGUGGUGGUUGUUGGUUAUAUAGGGUAAGGGUAUUGUAUAUCACGAGUUGUAGGGGGAGGGGGAUUUUUGUUUUUCGACUCACGUUGUUGUUGAUAGGAUGGCUAUUACUUGGGCUCCUGCUGCCAUCAUCAUGGUGGAGAGGACAAGGAAAGAGAUGAGGACUAAAACACGAGAUCCAAAAGAGAUCCAAGAAUGGCCAGAAAGAGGGCGUGCAGGGAGACGUUGAGGCACAAUUCUCUGGUUGAGAUGGAAGACUGCGUACCCAGGAAAGAGGUACCAAGUGCCUACAUACUUUGGUUCUCUCCACCAAGUACCAUUGCAAGUGCAACUUCGCGUUCCACACACACCAUGCACCACCCUUGACUAAGGAAUAGUGCGUUUGCGCACCGGCUAGAAACGAAUCAAACCCAUCAACCCCAGAAAAUGCUAAAU